UUGUGUAAGUUAACUGUUAUUUUUUAUUUUUUUUGGAAAAGAUAUCAUGGAUUUGGCACAAAGUACGGAUGCUGCGGCAAUUUUACGUCAAUGGGAAGAAGAACAUACACAAUCCGGUUACGAUCCGGUACCAGUUUUAACCAGGUUAGCUGAACUUAUUGAACAAGAAACAGAAAAUUAUCAAAAAAUGGAUCCAGAUCCAUUUGAUGAACGUCAUCCAUCUAGAGCCGAUCCAGAAUGUAAAUUGGGUCAAAUGUUAAAAACACUUUUUCGUAAAGAUCUAUUUAUGACAAAGCUGGUAAAUGAUUAUUUACGAGAUAAUUAUUGGUCUCGUGUACGAGUUCCUGAUCAAGAUAUUGAUGCUUUAAAUAUAGCAGCAUGUAGAUUACUUUUGGAUACAAUGCCAGGCUUAGAAACAUCUGCUGUCUUCCAGCCAGACAAUGAUAGUUUAAUAAAUCGAAUGUUAAAAUGGGCACAAACUGCGCAAGAUCCAUUACGCAGCUAUGCAACAGGGUUAUUAGCAGCUGCCAUGGAAGUGCAAGAAGUUGCCACAAAAUAUCGUGAACAAAAUGGUAAAUUGAUACCGUUGAUGUUAAAACGUUUAUGGGAAAUACAGAGUACAAUAAAUGGUAACAAAGAAAAUGGUGAAAACGUACAAUGUAACGGUGACAUACAAAAUGGCACUCAUGAUGGCGGAACUGUCGCGGAAGGUACUACCGAUGAAGGGACUGGUAAUGAUGUAGCGGCAUCAAAUUUAGACAGACCAUUUGCACAUUUAUCAAAAUUUCAAAAACAGCAAAAUUUAUCCAAUCAACUUGAUAAUGAACGGAUUAAAAAUACACCGUAUGGUUCAAGAAAUAAAUCAAGGUACUCAGAAAAUGGUAUAUAUGGUUCAAUGAAAAGUCCUGCAAUUACAUACAGUCCAGAUAAAUCUCUAAACACCAGCAAAACACCCUCAAAAUUCGAUAGUAAUCAAAUUUUACACGAAGAACCCGAUAGAAAACGUGCCCGAAUUGAUUUAAACAAUUCGAUUCAAUCACCACCAAAUAAUUCAUCAUUUAAUUCACAGAAAUCGCCGGGAGGUCAACAAAAUCACGCUCAACAUAAUUUAGAUGUAACAGACUCAAGUAAUUCAUCAUGGGCGGAGUUAGAGAAUUAUGUCAUUGGUUAUAUACAAAUGUACCCUCCUACAGCGUCUACAAAACAAAUACUAAUUUUGAAAUAUUUAACACCGAUGGGUGAAUAUCAAGAGUUUUUAAGUCAUGCGUUCGAACAGAACGCUUUGGGUUUAAUAUUAAGUUACGUUAACGUGAAAGAACAUGGAGAUGUUCGUUUAGCAUUUGAAGCAUUAAAAUACUUAUCAGCAUUGCUGUGUCACAAGAAGUUUUCCAUUGAAUUUAUACAUGCUGGUGGUUUACAGAGAUUAUUAGAAGUGCCAAGACCUUCUGUAGCAGCUACAGGUGUUUCCAUAUGUUUAUAUUACCUAGCUUACUGCCAAGAUGCCAUGGAAAAAGUAUGUUUACUAUCAGAAUAUGUCAUUUGGCACCUAGUAAAGUAUGCACUUUGGUUAAUAGAAUGCUCUCAUCAUGAUUCAAGUCGAUGCCAUGCUGUUAUGUUUUUCGGCCUAACAUUUUCAUUUAAAGUCAUUUUGGACGCGUUUGACGAUCAAGAUGGUUUACGAAAAUUAUAUAAUGUAAUAUCAACAUUGCCUAUAUUAUCAACAGAUGAUGAUCAUUUACUUUUAAAUGAUGAUGUAGUUUGUGCAGCCCGACAAAUUGUUCGUCAUGUUUGUGUCGCAUUGAAACGUUAUUUGGAAGCACAUUUGUACGUACGUAGUGAACAGUUAAAACGAUCUGUUGUUCAAUUAUUACCAUAUAAGGCAAUGUGUAAAUUAAAUAGUGCUGAAGAUGUUCAAGAACGCAUUGAUACAAUGCUCGAACUUCUACCAUAUCGAGCACAUUGGCCACCAGUUGAUGAAUUAUUACGAUUAGGUGCUAUUACAAUUUUAUUACAAAUCAUAGCAUUCUCAUAUGAAUGGAAUUUUGGUGGAAGAGCCGAAACAGUAAAAUCAGCAUUAGAUGUACUUGCAAUAUGUGCAAUAAUGCCACGCGUUCAAAUGUUAUUCGGAGAACGGGUAGAUUUACCUGAAGAAGCGAUCACUGUUGGUAUAAACAUUAUUCUAGGAGCAGCUGAAGGUGAAAUUGUUGCUGAUCCAGAUGUUCAAAAGGCUGCACUUAGUGUAAUCGUGAACUGUGUUUGUGCACCGAUUCACAGACCUGGAGGAUCGGUAACACGUUUUUCAAUGGGAAUUGGAUCACCGAGAAAAAAAUCAAAUUUACGCAAUUCAGAGGAGCUAAUACAAAAAGUAUGGGAGAGUGUUCGAUCCCAAAGCGGUAUUAUGGUGUUGUUACAAUUGAUGCAAGUUAAAACACCAAUUACGGAUGCGGAUUCCAUCCGUACGUUAGCAUGUCGUGCAUUAGCUGGCUUAGCACGAUCGGAUACUGUAAAACAAAUUAUUGGAAAGCUACCACUUUUUACUAAUGGACAAUUGCAAAAUUUAAUGCGAACACCAAUUUUACAAGAAAAACGCCAAGAACAUGUAUUAUUCCAAAAAUAUGCGCUCGAGCUUAUGGAGAAGGUGUCUGGAAAUACCAAACAUACAGCAUCACAUGAGAUUGAUGCAUCAUUAGCGAAUAUACAUCGUGCUAAUGUUGUGGCUCAGACAAAAAUACAAUUUAAUGAUAAACAAUUGUUACAAUUAAUACAUCAGCAUUUGGUUGGACGUGGUUUGAAUGAAACAGCUGGAACACUACAACGUGAAGCGCAAUUAAAUGCAAUUUUACCACCACCAGGUACCAUCAAUGUUCCAACACCAUCAAUUGCUAAAAAUUUAUCAAUAGCUGGUAAUAAUUUUAGUCCUUUACGCUAUGUGCCACCAACUACACCAAGAUCACGGAUACCAUACCUCCACCACCAUAAAAAUACGGCGAACACUAGUAUAUCAAAUUCUACAUCAACCACAUCAACUUCAACGCAAAAUCAUCCAACCACACCAACUACGGAAGCUUCUCAACUACAAUCGACAUCGACAAGUUCCAUUAAAAUUAUCAGAAAAACAAAUAACUCAUCAACAAGUGCUAAUAAUCAAUCUACAACCUCAACACCACAAAAUAGUCGGCUAGAAAAACAAAUUUCGUGUACAGGGGAUACGUUUAGUGGUACAACUACAAUUGCAAUACCUGGUACAUCAACCGAUGAAACAAUUGUACCACCGCGAAUAACAUUAGACUCAAUUAUAACAGAAUAUUUAACGAAUCAACAUGCAUUGUGUAAAAAUCCAAUGGCUACAUGCCCACAAUUUAAUUUAUUCGUUCCGCAUAAAUGUCCUGAUCCAAAACCACAUAUUGCAUCCAUGCAUAAUGUUGUUUUACGUCAUAGUAAACGUGCUAUGGGCUAUAAUUCUCGGACUUUAGAUCGUCGACUAAUACAUUCAAGAUUUUGUCCGGUACAAACAAUUCGAGUUGUGGAUAGUUUUUAUACUUGCGCCCAAUUUAUGCCGAAUAAUGAUACAAAAAUGAUUGUUGGAAGUUUUAAUGGUGAAGUCAAAUUAUUUAAUAUACAAACAGGUAACGAGGAAGCCACCUAUCAAUGUCAUGAUAGUUUAAUAAAUAAUAUUCAAAUAAGUCGAACUGGAAAAUUACUUUUAACAUCGACAUCAUGGCGAAGUCCAUUAUCAGCUUUAUGGGACACAGAAUAUUUUGAAAUGAAAUGUCCAUUAGAUGAGGAAGAAUAUGUCGAAUUUAGUAAUUUAACGCAAGAUAAAAUAAUCGGAACGAGGGGAGAAAUCGCUACUAUUUAUGACGUAGCAACUGGUACAAAAUUAUUUAGUCUAUCACCAACGAUAAGUAAUCAAUAUACAAAGAACAAAGCAACAUUUAGUCCAACAGAUGAGUUAAUCUUAUCAGAUGGUGUUCUAUGGGAUGCUGUAUCAAAUCAACAGAUACAUAAAUUUGAUAAAUUAAAUCAAACACAAAGUGGUGUUUUCCAUCCAAAUGGUUUGGAAGUAGUAUCUAAUACAGAAGUAUGGGAUUUGCGUACUUUUCAUUUGUUACGUACAGUGCCUACUUUGAAUCAAUCACAAGUGUUGUUUACAAAUUUAGGAGAUAUUAUUUAUGGUGUAGCAUUGGAGCAUGAAGCCGAAGAGGAAAUUGAGUAUGAUACAAGUUUUAAAACACUAGAUGCAUCGGAUUACAGUAGCAUAGCUACUAUAGAUGUUAAGAAAAAUAUAUUCAGUUUAUGUAUCAACAAAUACGAUACACAAAUUGCUCUAGUCGAAAAUCAAGGUGUAUUUGAGUCAGGUCAAGAAAGCGUAGUUCGAAUUUACGAUGUUGGAAGACGCCGCGAUGAUGAAGAUGAACAGGAAGAAGAUGAUGAUGAUGAUAUGGAUAACUCCGAAGAUGGAUCUGGAUCCGGAUCUGAAUCUGAAGAAAAUAGCAUAAAUCUAUUAAUCGAUGCGGUAGCUGCAGCAAGUUCACGUAGGCGCCGUAGACGGCGUAAUUCACGGAGACGAACUAGUGGUGGGGGAGGUGGAGGAAAUGGUGCUGCUGAGGGUGGUUUACGUGUUGCACCUGCGGCUAAUGAUAAUGAAAAUAAUAUUGCGGGUGAAAAUGAAAAUAACGCAGGAAAUGAUAACCAAAAUGAGAAUAACGAAGAACAAAACGAAGAAAAUAAUGACGACGAUAACGAAGAUGAUGAUGAUGAUGACGAUGAUGACGGUGAAUGGCAAUCAUUGUCUAGCAAUGAUGAUUACGAUGACGAUGGUGGUGCAUUUUCUAUGUCAGAUACAUCGGACAUGGAUGCGUUAGAGGAUCUACUAUUCGAAUAAGUUUGAUUACUGGGUUGUUCAUAAAAUACGUCGCACAAUAAAGACUAAAAUGAUUUUUGUCUCCCUUCACAAUUCUUUUCAUUUUUGUAUAUCCUGUAUCUAAAAUUACGUCCAAAUAAAAAAUUUGAUCUGCCUAACGCUGCAAAUUGUAACGUUAGCCAGCCUAUGCUUCCAGCUUUUUCUUAUUUUGUAGGUAUUUUAUAAACAACCCAAAAUAAAAGAACGGUCGUUUUUCGUUCCUUACUUUUCAAGAUGUAUAAUUUAUUUAAAUAAGACAAAUUUUUUAUUUUAAAGUCAUAUUUCUAAGAAAAGGAUUACUGCAAAAAAAUAGAUAUCAAAUUGAAUAUUCUUUUAGAGAACUCAGUGGCAAAUUGUAAUCCUAUUAUAGAACUAAGCUUAUUAAAGUUUUAAUAUUUUAAGUAAAAAAUAAACUCAAUUGUCCUCCAAUUCAGUGUUUGGAGUAAAAAUUGUAAAUAGCCAAAAAAAAGAAGAUUAUUAUUAUCAUAAUUAUUAUAAAAUUGUCAUUAAAAAUCAUAUUUUGCUUUGGUAUGCAUUUGCUGAAUUGUCGUAUAGUUCCGUAUUUCGUU